GAGACCAAGAAGAUGUCGAAUUUAGAUCUGAGUGGAUCAAAGAAAAGGAAGAGGAACAUUAAUGAGAGGGUAUUUAAGUUCAAGAAUUUUGGUGGACAAGGGAUUCCUACAGAGUUCAUAGGGUGCAAUUUUGAGCAAAAUGUUAAGAUUCUUUUGGAAUUUGCACAGCCAGAAAAUGGUAAUAUUUGGUCAUUUCAGCUGGAAGUUCAUCGACAUCCAUCGAUGCAUGUAAUUCUGUUUGUUGUUGAAGAACAAGUUGAAUUGUCCCUCAAUCCUCAUUGCAAACACUGUCAAUAUAUAGGCUGGGGCAACCAUCUGAUGUGCAACAAGAAAUACCAUUUCCUGUUGCCAUCAAAGGAUACAAUUGCAGCCUGUUUGAGGCAUGAUCAACAAGGAGGUCGAAAGAACAAUAUAGAUAAUAUUGGUGGUGCAGUAGGAGAAAUUAGCAGUAAGUCGUCGUCAAAUUUGAUAGAAAUAGAGGGUCAUAUGAUGCAUGGUGUGAUUCACUCUAAUGGUUUUGGACAUUUGCUGUGUAUCAAUGGAUUGGAGACUGCUGCUUCUGACUUGCCUGGCCACUCUAUCAUGGACUUUUGGGAUCGCCUCUGCAUCGGGCUUCGUGCAAGGAAAGUGAGUUUAAGAGAUAUCUCACAAAAGAAAAGCAUGGAUCUAAGGCUACUCAACACAGUAGCCUAUGGUGAGCCAUGGUUUGGAAGAUGGAAUUACAAAUUUGGCCGUGGGAGCUUUGGGGUAACUCAAGAAACAUACCAAAGUGCAAUCAAUGCCAUACAAAAUAUGCCAUUAGCCUUAUUAGCACAUCAUGUUGGGCACAUAAAUAUUAAUGAGAUAUUGACAGUGUUAUCAAGGUACCAAAUGUUAUCAGGCCACUCAUUAGUCACACUUUGUGAUGCCUUCCAUUUCAUGCUGGAGCUCAAAUCGCGAAUUCCAAAGGAAAGUAACCUUAGUUCAUGUUAUCCGGGGCUAUUGGUUGACACGACUUGUAGGUGGUCUCCUAAACGGGUUGAGAUGGCUAUUAGGGUUGUUGUGGAAGCCCUAAAAAGAGCAGAAUCGCGGUGGGUGUCUAGGCAAGAGGUUCGUGAUGCUGCUCGUGCCUACAUUGGUGACACAGGGUUGCUAGAUUUCGUGCUCAAGUCAUUGGGAAAUCAUAUUGUUGGGAAGUAUUUGGUUCGUCGAUGCUUAAAUCCAGUAACAAAAGUUUUGGAAUAUUGUUUAGAGGACAUAUCUAAAGCAUUCCCUAAACAAGAUCAAGGUUUUAGGGUUAAUGAUUCAAAAGGAAAGCAACAAUACAAAAUCACAUGGGUGCAACUUAUGAAGGACAUAUACUUCUUGUACAAGAAUAUCCUAAGAGAGCACAAGGGAUUAAUGUCCAAUUACACGGGCGUCUUUGCUACAAUUCCAGCAGCUUCUCGAAUAAUCCUAGACACGAAGUACUUCCUUAAGGAUUAUAAAGGGGCAGAGGCGGAUUCAAGAAUUGAAGCAGACAAAUACAAGAUUUACUGCGCGAUUAUGUUGGCAACUAAGGAUGGAUUUGGGGUAGAAGAAAAAGUAAUGACCCCAUUUGAGUGCUUCUUAUUAAGAAAAGAUGUAACUUUUGAUGAGCUAAAAGUUGAAGUGGAAAAAACUUAUGGGGAUAUCUAUUGGGGACUAAGGAACUUUGCCACAAGAUCAAUUAACAAUGUGAUGAGCCCAAUUAUUGGAUCAGAAUUGGUUUUUAAUGUGAUGAAACCAGGAAGCAAGAUUGUUCUAGGAGGGUUACAAAUGACCAAUGAUCAUAUUAAUACUAAUGGAGGGAUAUUUGAAGGAAUUAAGAAUAAUAUUGUUGUGGAUUGUCUUUGUGGGACAAAAGAUGAAGAUGGUGAAAGGAUGAUUUCUUGUGAUAUUUGUGAAGUUUGGCAACACACUAGAUGUGUUAAUAUCCCAAAUCAUGAAGCUAUUCCAGAUAUAUUUCUUUGUAAUAAGUGUGAACAGGAUAUCUUACAAUUUCCUUCAUUACCUUAGAUAAUUUCUAUUAGCAAAAGAAGAAGAAGAAAGUAACAUAUGUCACAACUAUUUAUGCAUUAUUACUACUAUUUGAGUUGGAAGAAGUGUUUUUUAUGGAUAUGGGAGG